CUCAAGUGUUGGAGACCUUUGUGAAAGAUCACAAACAGACGGUCAUGAUGAUGAUGAUCAUGAACAGUCGGAAGGUGAUAUGACUUUCAUACUGAAUGCUGAAAAUGUUCUGAGUGUAGGAAAAGCUUUGCUUCUAUGAAGAAUUUAAAAAAUCACAUGAAAAUACACACAGGUGAGAAGCCUUUUCCAUGCUCAGUUUGUGGUAAAAAAUUCACACAGAAGGGAAACUUAAAAAAACACACAAGGACACACACUGGUGAGAAACCUUUUUCUUGCGCAGUGUGUGGUCAAAGAUUCACUCAGAAGGAACGCUUAAAAAAACACACAAGGACACACACUGGUGAGAAACCGUUUGCCUGUGCAAUUUGUGGUCAAAGAUUCACUCGGAAAGAGCAGUUAAAAAUACACACAAGGACACACACUGGUGAGAAACCUUUUUCCAUCGCAGUUUGUGAUAAACAAUUCACUGAGAAGGGACAGUUAAAAAACCACACAAGAACACACACUGGUGAGAAACUUUUUUGCUGCGCAGUUUGUGGCCAAAGAUUCUCUGUCAAGAAAAGCUUAAAAAUACAUACAAGAACCCACACUGGUGAGAAACCUCUUUCAUAUCCAGUUUGUGAUGAAAGAUUCACUGAGAAGGGUAAAUUAAAAAUACACACAAGAACACACACUGGUGAGCAACCUUUUACAUGCUCAAUUUGUGGUCAAAGCUUCACUCAGAAUAGAAGUUUAAAAAGACACACAAGGACACACACCAGUGAGAAGCCUUUUUCCUGCUCUGUUUGUGGUCAAAGUUUCUCUCAGAAGGGAAAGUUAGGACUACACACAAGAACACACACUGGUGAGAAGCCUUUUUCCUGCUCUGUUUGUGGUCAAGGUUUCUCUCAGAAGGGAAACUUAGAACUACACACAAGAAUGCACUCUGGUGAGAAACCUUUUUCCUGCUCAAUUUGUGGUCAAAGAUUCGCUGUGAAGGCAAGGUUAAAAAUACACAGAAGAACACGCACCGGAGAGAAACCUUUUUUCUGCUCUAUUUGUGGUCAGAGAUUCACUCAAAAGGGAUCUCUAAAAAUACACACAAGAAUGCACACUGGUGAGAAACCUUUUUCCUGCGGCAUUUGUGGUCAAAGAUUCACUCGGAAGGGAACCUUAAAAAUACACACCAGAACCCACACUGGUGACAAACCUUCUUCGUGCUCUCUUUGUGAUCAAAGAUUUUCUUCUAAGUGUCAGGCUGAGAAAGGAAAAGCCAUCAUCACGAAGCUGUAAAAGUAUAAAUUGAAAGUAAUAGAUACAUUUCAUUGACGUCACGCCGACCACGUGUUUUUGUUUACACCGCCAAUUUGGAUGGCAAGAUCGUGUCUACAUAUCAUGGCUAGGAAGCAAUAAGUGUAAACUAUAAUGUUUUAGCAACGGUUAUCGUUUGAUCUUUUGUCUUGAAAGUCCUUUGACAAACAAACACUGGAACCAGAGGUGAUUGAGGUACUUGUGCUGGUGUGAGGAAUAAAGAAAGAAGCCACAUGUGAAACUUGAGAACAAGUAUCGUGUCGUUAUUGUUCGAAUGAGCUACAGUAUAGUACUUCUCGUAUAUCGCAAAUGUGGUGUGAUUGUGAUUGUGUUGACGUCAGCGGGGCGUGACAAGACAGGACGAUAAGGAAGUGAGCUCGAGAAGGUGGCGGUUAAAAAGCCAAAUAAAUAUCACCCACGUGUAAAAGUACAGUUGAACUCACGUCUAUGUUAUUCAAUAACACGACAGCAACGCUACGGAAGUAUAACUAUGGACUCACGAAAAAAAACUGACUGUGAAAAAAAAAACGAUAACGAGGAGGCGUUCAAUGUUCCAACUUAUCCAAUUUACCAAGCAACACGCCGAACACAUUCACAGGAAACAUAGAGCUUAAGAGGAAAAGUGCAGUUUCCUCCUGCUAUGAAUCGGCGAUAAAGGACGGGAUGUCAGCAAUACUUGGACACUGACCUUUAAUCCGUUCAAAACCCUCCAAAACCAAAAUGCUGGCAACACAAAGCAAGAAAUGGCCCAAGCGACAAGGCCAAAGUGUGAAAACUGCUCAGCUGGGUCACUGGGCAACAACGAAUAUUUAUUCAUUAUUAUAUUGAAUAAUAAUAUGAAAAGUGUUCAUUUGUGACAAUUCUUCUAUUUCCCGAGCAUGAUAAAGUCCUUGAAAUCCUUCUUGAGGAUGAUUAGCUAACGAAGAAUCUUUUACUGUCAAUGACCUCAACAAUAAUCAACAUUUAA